AUGACCGAACAGGAAGCCGCCGAGCGCAAGCCCCGCAAGUCCGUCGCAUUCUCCGAGGGCACCACAAUCGUCGACAGCGAUGGCCAGGUCACCGAGUCGAAAGAGACCAACGGCGGUAAGCCUUCCGCCGAGAGCCAUAGCACCGUGCCCCUGGCAGACAAACAUACAUCGAACGUUGAGCUGACAUGUGAAGUAACAGGCGACGACAAGGACGUCGAGGAAGUCACCGAGAUGUUCGCCGACCUAGCCAAGAAGAAGAAGAAGAAGUCGAGCAAGAAGAAGGAGGGCGAGGAGGGCGAGGACGCUGCCGAGGGCGACUUCGCUGCGCUCAAGAAGAAGAAGAAGUCCAGCAAGAAGAAGGUUGAGGACGACUUCGAGGCCAAGCUCGCUGCCGCCGGUGGCGACGCUGCUGAGGAGGAGGCACCCGCUGCCGAAGAGGAGGAGGUCCAGGAGGGCGAUAUGAUGAAGGGUACGGGCAUCUGGUCGCAUGAGAACACAACACCCAUCAAGUACGACAUGCUCCUGAACCGAUUUUUCACCCUCCUCCACUCGCAACAUCCCGAUCUCGCCGGCAACAGCGUCAAGAGCUACAAGAUCCCGCCGCCGCAGUGUCUCCGUGAAGGAAACAAGAAGACCAUCUUCGCCAACAUCGCCGAGAUUUGCAAGAGGAUGAAGCGUACCGACGAGCACGUUACUCAGUUCUUGUUCGCCGAAUUGGGUACCAGCGGUUCCGUGGACGGUUCCCGCCGUCUGGUCAUCAAGGGUCGUUUCCAGCAGAAGCAGAUUGAGAACGUUCUCAGGCGGUACAUUGUCGAAUACGUCUCCUGCAAGACCUGCCGUUCCCCAGACACAGAUCUCUCCAAGGGCGAGAACCGUCUCAGCUUUGUGACUUGCAACAGCUGCGGAUCCAGGCGUUCGGUACAGGCCAUCAAGACCGGUUUCUCCGCGCAGAUCGGAAAGAGAAGGAGGAUGAUCAAGACCUGA